AUGAAGCAAACCGCAAUGUUUAAAAUGAGGAGGAAAAACAUUUAUCGAUACUGUGUCUGUGUGUGUGUGUUAUUGUACAUAUACUAUUUCUUUGGUGUCAGUGACUAUGUGUUUUCCAAAAGCUUCGACAAUAAUUUCGAUUAUCCUUUAAAUAUCGACAUUCAACCAAUUGUAAAUGAUGUAUUAUCAGGAAGAAAGCCCAGUGUAACACCAAUAAACUACUACCCUUAUAGGUUCUUGACUAAUUCGGGGAAAUGUUCCACAAUUAAACAAUUAGAUUUAUUCAUUAUUGUUAAAUCAGCGAUGGGCAAUUUUGAUCAUCGAUCCGCAAUCCGACAGACGUUUGCUAAAGAGAAUGCGGUGCGCGGCAAGACGGUCAAAACUUUAUUCUUCCUGGGCAUAGAUGAUGCACCGAAAUCGGAGACUCAAAUGAAAAUAGACGAAGAAAUGGCGCAGUUCAAAGACAUAAUACAAAUCGAUUUUCUAGAUACAUAUUUUAACAAUACUAUAAAAACUGUGAUGUCAUUCCGUUGGCUGUAUGAGCAUUGCCCCAUGGCUGAUUACUACCUCUUUACAGAUGAUGACAUGUACAUUUCUGUGAAGAAUUUGUUGAGCUAUGUUCACGGUGAACGAGAUGGCAUGAUAAGUGAGAAAGAGAGAGUGCUAUUCGCUGGUUACGUCUUCAAAUCCAUUCCGCAGCGAUUCCGUUCGAGUAAAUGGAGGGUGUCUUUGGAAGAAUAUCCGUGGGACAAAUGGCCGCCGUACGUUACAGCGGGGGCGUUCGUGCUUUCCAAUAAAUCUAUGAAGAUGUUAUAUGUAGCGAGUUUGUUCGUGAAACAUUUCCGCUUCGACGACAUAUACCUUGGUAUAGUGGCUAAGAAAGUCGGCAUUGAACCAACGCACUGUGCGAAUUUUCACUUUUAUAAAAAGAAGUAUAGUAAAGAUGGAUAUAAGAAUGUGAUAGCGUCUCAUGGAUAUGAUGAUAAAGAGGAACUGAUUAGAGUUUGGAAUGAGCAGAAUUAAUUUUCUUUUUGAAUAUAAAUAUACAAUAUAUGCUUAUUUUGAAGAGGUAUCCGCACGCGUAGUCGAAGUGAAUAAUAAACAUUCCUGGAUUCCAAUGAAAAACUAUCCAUUGUUCUCAAGUCUCAAAGUAUAUCUAUUCCAAAUUUCAUCAAAAUCGGUUCACUGGUUUAGGCGUAAAGAAGAGACAGAGUUACUUAGAAUUUUUAAUAAUCAAGUAAGUAGGGAUGUAAAUGGAAAGAUAAUCAUGAUAAGAAACUGAUUUGCCAGUUUAUCAACUUUUUGGUUCCGUGUAUUAUUUCAUCAUACCUAUAAUAAGUAUAACUUGAAUUUAUAUGUUUUUAAUACUCAUUGCUUUCGACUGGGUGAACCUCAUUUGACGGUUCUUUUUUAUUUUUAAGUGUGUUCCUUCCGUGUGGUCCGAUUUAAAUAUGGUAUAGGUUUUUUGAAGGUGAUUUAGUAUUUUUUGUUAAAAAUAAUAAUUAUUCAAAUCAAUGUUGACGUUUAUUGAAAUUCCUAACUAAAUAUUUCAUGUUUUGCAUAAAUUUUUGAAAGUUUGUAUUAGUUAUUUGUGUUUUAUUACGAAAUAUGUACAUAAACAUUCUUCAGUACUUUAAGAAAGAAUGAGUGUGAGUGUGAGGUGUAGAGGGCCAUUCCUCUAAUUUAAAUGCUACUCAUUAGGAAAUAUUCAAAUAUUAUAUUUAAAAUUAUUUUAGGUUCACGAUUUAGUUAAAAAAUCAGUUUAGAGUAAGAAGUCGGGAAUAAAUAAUAAAAAAUUCAAUGCACUUCAGUUAUUGAGCGAUGAGCGAGUCGCUUAUUUGUAUACGCAAAGCCUUGUCCAUGUUAGGGUUUAUUUAAUAAAAUAAUGUAAAAAAAAUCUCAUUUUCUCUUUUAGUUAUAAAAUAUUUACGUAAGUAUUUGUUACUUUGAUUCGCUUUCUUUCAAAGCCUUGGAAGUUAACUUUAGAACCAAGAUGGUUCUAAAGUUAACUUCCAAAAUAAACAAUGGGUGGUAAUAAGGUGUAUUGAACAUAUAGGGAAAUAGAUUUUUAACUACAGUUAUCACACACGGAAUGAUUCUGGUAAUUUUUUAUUGUAAUAAUUUAUAAUGAUAUGGAGAUCUGAUAUGUACUAACUGUAAGUUUAAGUGGGGGUAAUAAAACAAUAUCAGUACAUA